CCUGAAGCCAGAAAAAGGAAAGGCGCCGCCAAGGCUGGUCGCUCUCAGCUGGAAGUCAUCACAUCCUCAGUCAGGAGCGCCCACACCCCGCAGGUCCCGCCCCUCCCAGCAAAGCUGCUGGCGUCGCCCUGUCUGGACCUGGAGCCGCUGGGAGGAUCUUCCUCCCAGGAGAGGCCGAGGACCCCAGGAUGCCGGAGAACCAGUGGGAGGUCCCUCUGGCCUGCAUGCCAGAACUCCGUCACCGCUCUGCGCUUCCUCCAAGAGACAGUGGAGGGGUUGGAUCAAUCCCCUGCUCUGGACACCCAGGUCCUGGGGCCUUGCUGGGAGCUGAUGGCUCUGGGGACUCAGGGCUCCCUGCCGCUGGACAGGGGUUCCAAGGACACACAGACCCGGAUCAGCCAGAAGGGCCACCGCCUGCAGCCCUCGGGUACUCCCCCUGCCCCACCCCAGAGAAGGCCCCGGAAGCAGCUGAACCCCUGCCGGGGCACCGAGAAAGUGGACCCCGGGUUCGAGGGGGUAACUCUGAGGUUUCAGAUAAAGCCGGACGCCAGCCUGCUGAUCAUCCCCUCCUACAGCCUUCCCUGCAGUAGCCGCUCUCAGGAACCCCCUGCAGAAACUGUUGAGGGCCCCGCAGCCCACCCAGGAGACACGGAGGCCCUGGGCCUCUCCAAUGCCAAGCGGAGAGAAGCUCUCUGCAGGGACACACCUUCAACACAGGUCUGCAAGCUCUUGGCUGUCCUUACCCACUUAUUCAUCAUUUACUGA